UUUAACCUUUUGUCCAUUUUCCGACCACGGUCUCUGGUUUUAAGGCCAAGGGCUUAAACCCUACGCUCAAUCCUCAAUACUGCAAGAGAUCACCGGCACAGGAAGAAGAAAAAAAGAGCACAACUUGCCUAGCUGAAAACCCGGUGAGAAAAGCUAUGGAUGUCGGUGGGAAAAUGGAAAUGGAUGUAGAUGGGGAGAGUUACCCGAGGUGUUUGAGCAGCUAUAUCGACGAGGGUAGCAUAGAGUCUCAUAGGUACUACUUGUCACGCCGAACUGUGCUGGAAAUGCUUAGGGACCGUGGUUUUCUUGUACCCAAUUCGGAGAUUGGACUCUCUCUUCAAGACUUCCGUAAUAACUACGGCCAACAGCCUGACAUUGAUCGCCUGAGAAUCUCUGCUCUUCACAAGGAUGACCCUUCUAACAAGAUUCUAGUCCUUUUCUGUGGGCCUAAUGUGGUGAAAGUAAAUGUAAUUCGUGCUAUUGCAAACCAAAUCAUGAACAAAGACACUCUAAGUAGGCUGAUACUAAUUGUGCAAAAUCACAUGACCAGCCAGGCUAUGAAAGCUGUGGAUCUCUUGCCUUUCAAAGUUGAGAUUUUCCAGAUUACUGACUUGCUUGUCAAUGUCACUAAGCACGUUUUGAAGCCAAAGCAUCAACUGCUAACUGAAGAAGAGAAACAAAGGCUUCUUGAGAAGUAUAACAUAGAGGAGAAACAGCUCCCGCGGAUGUUGCAAAAAGAUGCAAUUGCUCGAUACUAUGGACUUGAAAAGGGGCAGGUGUUGAAGGUUACCUACAAUAACGAGAUCACUGAGACGCACGUUACCUACAGAUGUGUUUGGUGAUCAUAGAUGUUGAGCUCAAUCUUGCCCUGAAUGUUUGUAGAGAUGCUAUCUGUGGACUGCUAAAUAUUAAUAGUCCUGUAAAUUCUUCUAAGUGCUGCAGAAAGUUUAUCAACUCUUAUGUAUUGUUAAUGUUUUAAUUGCAGAUUCCUCUCUCUCUCUCUCUC